AUGCAAUACAGAUAGAAAUUAGUUCCACUUUUGUAGGACAUGUUUUAAAGAUUUUAUCAGUAUCGAAAUGUUUGGAAUAAUGCUGUACAUUGCAUGGCAGAACUAGAUGCUCUAUGUUCACUGGCAGUAAUUUCACAUGAACCGCAUAUGGUAAGACCUGUAGUUCAUAGUAAAAAUGAAAAGCCAUUCUUGAAUGUUAAAUAAAUGAGACAUCCAUGUGUAAUGCACCAGAAAAAAUAAUUUGUCCCAAAUGAUGUAGUUUUGGAAUAUGAUAAUUAAAGAGCUCUACUCAUAACUGGACCAAACAUGGGAGGAAAAUCUACUCUAUUAAGAGCAACUUGCUUAAUAACAAUUUUGGCAUAGAUUGGUUGUCAUGUACCAGCUGAAAGUUGUGAACUUACAAUAGUUGAUCAAAUUUAUACUAGAAUAGGAGCUAGUGACAGAAUUCUAGAAAAUCUUAGCACCUUUAAGCUAGAAUUAUCAGAAACUAAAAGCAUAGUUGAUAAUGCAAAUAAGCAUUCACUCGUUAUAAUGGAUGAGCUAGGAUGA